AUGGAGAUCUAUUUGCCUAGUCUAGCAGUGAUGAAAAUCUUCUCCUAUCUGGAUGCCUUCAGUUUGCUACAGGUUGCCCAAGUGAACAAGAACUGGAAUGCACUUGCAAGCAGUGAUGUCCUGUGGAGGAAGUUGUGUCAGAAGAGAUGGCUCUCCUGUGACAUGGAUACCUUACAGAACAUGGGCACAGAGACAUGGAAGCAGUUCUUCAUUUCCCGAACAUGGCAAGAACAUGCCAAGUCCCGGGCAGAUCCAGGCACUUACAAGGAAAUUCCUUUGGAGUUUGGAGUUCGGGAAUAUGCAUAUUAUAUCUCAAGGAGUGGCUUAACAAGAAAAGGACAAGGCAAUUCUGUUGUCUGUAUGGUGACUUCUGAGAACAGGAUUUCUACCUGGGAUAUUCACGAGGGCGUUAUGACCUGGGCAAGCCCAGUAGAGCCUGCCUAUAUCAAGCUGUUGACUACUCUCCCUAAGAUGCACAUGGCAGUCACUGUAGAUAUACAAUCAACUAUCAAACUGUGGGACUGUUACAACAGGGAAGCUCUGGCGACUAACAACCUGUCCUCUCCCUGUCAAAAACUGAAAGCUGUCCUUACAACGGAUGGCCCGAUUGUCUUGGCAGGCGAAACCUCUGGUAACCUGUCCAUCUUCAGGAUUCCCGACUUGCACCUCAUUUCCAGAGUCAAUGUAUUCCCGUACAGUAUUGACCAAAUCUACUGCUCUCCUCAGAACAAAUGGGUCUUUCUGAGUAAGAAACACACACAUAUCUUGCCAAAGGUGUUUUUCAUGAGCAGCUUACUGAGGACAUCAGAAUUCUCCACCCCUUUGUCUACCAUUCUCGAUUUUUCACUAUGCCAAAGAGCCUGCUGGACCCCAAGAAGGGAAGACAGGAUAACCCUGAUGUCCAGAAGUGGCUACCAAAAAAUCACAAAGUUUAAAACAUUUGAUAUGCAGCUGGAAUGCAUCAGAAAUGAAAUAAUUGUAAAAGGACAUUUGAGAGGCAGCUUCGCCUUGCGAGAACACAAGGAGAGCCCAGAAUGGUUCGGAGUCAGUGAUAAGAAUGUGAUUGUUUGUGCAACUGAAUCCUCACUCUUGCUCUUCAGCAUGAAUGGUCUCCAUCUGCAGACAUUUGAGUACUGCCCAGAAGUAAUCUUGAGACUAUGGGUGGACUCCCUUCAUGUCAUCGUCACUUGUCUCGAUGGCUCUUUGGAAGUGUAUGCGUGGGAGGAGAGAAGCCAGCUGCUCAGGAGGUGUUAUCGGCUGCAAAACAGGAAACCUCUGCCACCUCAAAGCAACGUUAAGAAGACGCUGUGUGAUGAUGUGAGCAUAAUUCGAGUGAUGACAAAUAUUCCUGCUCCCUGCUUUCUGAUGGUAUAUACCUUGAACAUCUGCUCUUGA